GAGAACUCUUGAAAUUGUUGACUUAUAAUCAAGAAAAUAUAUUCUGAAAAAGUCAAUUUAAUUUUAAUUAUUCACGUGGUGAGCCACGUUUACAUUAGGAAUAAAUGUGAAUAAAGGAACGCGUUUUAAGAUUUGAUUCAUUUUCUUUUUUAUUACGAUGGAGUGGAAAAAUGAUGUUUUGAGAUUCAGUGGAUUUGAUUAUGGUGUUUCGAAAAUAAGAAUGUUGAACGAAGAACUUCAUAGUGAAUGUGAUCAAUUAUCAAAAUCGAAUGAAUCAACUUCUCUGAAAGAUAUUACUGAAGAACCUAAGGAUGAGAAGCUAGAGAGCAUCAUUGAAACAGCCAAGAACAAAGAAAGUGAGAAAGAAGAGAACAGUCAUGUUUUCAAUGAUUGUGAAUUCGAUGCAAUGACUGAAAGAAAAAUAGAGAAUUUUUAUUUUCGAAAUGUGGAGCAAGCCGAGAAGAAAAUGAAGCAUUUGACUACUCUUAAAUCGAAAUGGUCUGAACCGUGGCAAACUGGAGAGGAAAUCGUAGCUAAAGUUUAUUUAAAGCCGAAGAAUCACGAAAAUCCAUGGAAGGAUGGGACAUUCCAAGAGAAAGAAGCUGUUGAGAUGCAAAAGAACGGGAAGAAACACGGAAGAUGCAUUAUUAGUUGAAUUUAUACAUAUUUUAAUGAGAUAAAUAAAUGAUUGAAUAAAAAAAACUUUAAAUUUAAAUCUGAAUUAACAAAACAAUCAAAUGAAA